CUAUUACGAGUGGGCGGGCUUGGUGGAAACAGGAAGCGUGACGUAACAUUUGUUUUGGGAAAACCGUCGUAGAAGUCUAGACUAGUAACACACGAUGAGCGAUUCAAGAAUGGAGCAAAACGGUGAUGAUUACAAGCUGAUAUUUGAGAAGGAGGGGGUCUACCUACAUACUAACGUCAAGAGGAGCAACCAGGACACCAGCAUCCCGGGUUUCAUACGCAUUGUGGAGCGGGCUGGCUUGCCAGCCUUAGAGUGGAGUCCUCUGGAAGAUGCGGGCCGCAGCGCUCCUGCUGUGCUUUACUCCAAAAAGGAUGGCGAAGGAGGAGGCGAGGAGGACACCAAGUUUGAUCCCGGCUACGAGCCAGACUGGGCUGUCAUCAGCACGGUGAAAAAAGAUCGGGCGCCUGUCCCCGUCCGAGAGACAGGUCAGUGGUCAUUCUCGCUGCCGCUGUCGGAGCUCUACUCACUGCGCAGGGCCCGCUUCUCUCUGGGCCGCAACUUCCUGGUGCUGACCAGCAGGGGGGGGCACCCGCUGCCUCCCUUGCACUUCCACCGAGGGGGCAGUCGUGAGCUGCUGCGCGCCCUCUGCCACUACGUCGUCCUGGACCAGUCCCCGGUGGACGGACGUCUUUUUCUGGCGUACCCGCAAGACCCUGGCGCGCUUUCCCAGUCCUUUGACAAGCUGCACCUCUUUGAUGACGGAGGCGCUGAUCUCGUGUCUCGAUUCAUCCAUGACCCCUAUGCAACGACCUUUGGCGGCUUCUCCAAGGUCACCAACUUCUUCAAGGAUGCCCUGCGGCCGCCUGAGCCACGUGACGCCCGCAGUCCAAGAUCGGCCCCGCAGCUGGACGAGGAGCCCGGCUUUGAGCUCAUCACAUGUGGGGUGGAACUCGGGCCCAAGCCGGUGGUCAGCAGGGGGCGCCCUCUGGAUGAGUGGGAGGUCUUUCUGGAUCAUGAGGGGCGCAUCACGGACCCCGAGCAUGUCAAAGAACUGGUCUUCAGGGGGGGUAUCACACCGACGCUCAGGAAGGAAGUGUGGAAGUUCCUGCUGGGCUUUUACCCAUGGAGCAGCACCCACAGCCAACGGGAGGAGAUCCUACGUCUCAAGACGGACGAGUACUUUCGGAUGAAGAUGCAGUGGAAGUCGGUCAGCGAGGAACAGGAGAUGAGGAAUUCGCUUCUCAGGGGCUACCGCAACCUGAUUGAGCGCGAUGUGAACAGGACAGACCGACACAACACGUUUUUCUCUGGCAACGACAACCCCGGCCUGGCGCUGCUCCACGACGUGCUGAUGACCUACUGCAUGUACAACUUUGACCUUGGCUACGUGCAGGGGAUGAGCGACCUGCUGUCUCCUCUGCUGUUUGUCACGCAGAACGAAGUGGAGUCCUUCUGGUGCCUGACUGGAUUCAUGGAGAUGGUGCACCACAACUUCGAGGAGUCGCAGGAGGCCAUGAAGCAGCAGCUCCUUCAGCUCAGCGUCCUGCUGAAAGCUCUAGACCCGGAGCUCUGCGACUUCCUGGACUCCCAGGACAGCGGCUCGCUUUGCUUCUGUUUCCGGUGGCUGCUCAUCUGGUUCAAGAGGGAGUUCUCCUUUGAGGACAUCCUCAUAUUGUGGGAGGUUCUGUGGACUCGCCUUCCCUGCCCCAACUUUCACCUUCUGAUCGCUUGCGCUAUCCUGCAGUCGCAGAGAGGCGAGCUGAUUGGCUCAGAUCACGACUUCAACACUAUUCUCAAGCACAUUAAUGAGCUGACAAUGAGGUUGGACCUGCAGAGCACUCUGCGAGAUGCAGAGGCCAUCUACCUACAGCUGCUCCAGUGCAAGGAUUUGCCCCUGAAGGUCCAGGAGGUUUUAGGUGCAUACGUGCCAUCCAGCUCCUCGUCCGACGACGACAGCCCAGACUUUGAGUGCGGCGAUACACGGCAUUCCCCCGGCCAAGCACAAGCCGGCGCGGCGUCACGUGACACCACCCCCUAAGAAAACCCAACCAGCUGACAUGAAGAUAUUUAUCUGAGUUGUGUAUUAACCGUAAGCUCGAGGGGACGCUGUAAUACAAUGUGUUGGCAGCAGGGGGCGACGUGAAGGCCGUCACUGCGCCCAUCUUCCUCCUCCUCUUCCUCCUUUUGUUUGAUGCUGCUCUCUUUUUACAUUUUACACUAAGUUGUUUUUCACCUGCUGCAGCCACCCGACUAAAAAAAGGGAAGAAAAUGAAGGGUGUUUUUUGUCGUGUGUGUAAGGUCGCCCUCCCUGACAGGCAGCCCUAUGCAACAUGGUCUCCUUUUAACCUUUGUACUGGUUCCAUCUGCUCAUUAGUACCAAAUAAAAGGAUAAUGAAGAACUA